AUGGCGACCCCCAACAACCUGACCCCCACCAACUGCAGCUGGUGGCCCAUCUCGGCGCUGGAGAGCGAUGCGGCCAAGCCGGCCGAGGCCCCGGACGCGCCCGAGGCGGCCAGCCCCGCCCAUUGGCCCAAGGAGAGCCUGGUUCUCUACCACUGGACCCAGUCCUUCAGCUCGCAGAAGGUGCGGCUGGUGAUCGCUGAGAAGGGGCUGGCGUGCGAGGAGCGGGACGUGAGCCUGCCGCAGAGCGAGCACAAGGAGCCCUGGUUCAUGCGGCUCAACCUGGGUGAGGAGGUGCCCGUCAUCAUCCACCGGGACAACAUCAUCAGUGACUACGACCAGAUCAUCGACUACGUGGAGCGCACCUUCACUGGAGGUACCUGGUGGGGGGGACCCCACGCCGGGCCACAGGGCCUGUGGCCAUGCCCCGCAGAGCACGUGGUGGCCCUGAUGCCUGAAGCUGGCAGCCCGCAGCAUGCCCGGGUGCUGCAGUACAGGGAGCUGCUAGACGCGCUGCCCAUGGACGCCUACACCCACGGCUGCAUCCUGCACCCUGAGCUCACCACUGACUCCAUGAUCCCCAAGUACGCCACGGCCGAGAUUCGCAGACAUUUAGCCAAUGCCACCACGGACCUCAUGAAGCUGGAUCAUGAGGAGCCUCAGCUAUCAGAGCCCUACCUUUCUAAACAAAAGAAGCUCAUGGCUAAGAUCCUGGAGCACGAUGAUGUGAGCUACCUGAAGAAGAUCCUCGGGGAGCUGGCCAUGGUGCUGGACCAGAUCGAGGCAGAACUGGAGAAGAGGAAGCUGGAGAAUGAGGGACAGAAAUGUGAGCUAUGGCUCUGUGGCUGUGCUUUCACCCUUGCUGACGUCCUUCUGGGGGCCACCCUGCACCGACUCAAGUUCCUAGGACUGUCCAAGAAAUACUGGGAAGAUGGCAGCCGUCCCAACCUGCAGUCCUUCUUUGAGAGGGUCCAGAGACGCUUUGCCUUCCGGAAAGUCCUCGGUGACAUCCACACCACCCUGCUGUCGGCUGUCAUCCCCAACGCAUUCCGGCUGGUCAAGCGGAAACCCCCAUCAUUCUUUGGGGCAUCCUUCCUCAUGGGUUCCCUGGGUGGGAUGGGCUAUUUUGCCUACUGGUACCUCAAGAAAAAAUAUAUCUAG